UUCCGGACAGCAUUUGAAGGUAACCCUCGCGCAUGCGUAUUGCGCUCCAAAGGUGCAGGGCUUGGAGUGCCUCAGUGCGGCAGGAAAACCGCACCACGGCUCCCUGAGACAGAAGAGGGGAGGCUUCAGACUCAGGGUGUCUCCACGAUAACAGGAGGACUUCAGGGAGAAGCCUUUAGACCCCCAGGAACCAAAUGAAUGGUUCCUGCUUUUAUUCCGACUGAAGACCUCCAGAGUCCAAGGAAACAUCCCAACCUGGUCCCAACGAAGCCAAUUCCAAGCGGUCCACAGCAGUCUGGAUGAAAAACACCAGGACCAUCCACUCAUUGUGUAAACCUGACUGAAGUGCACGAGAAUAACCAGUCAGUUCAUCCUUUAGUGACUGAGAAACCCUGUGAUUAUUAUCUGUUCACUCCAUGAGGGGGAUGCUUUCACACUGAGAGGCUGGUCAGGGUUCAAGACUACAUCUGAGCUGCAGAACCAUGGGGGAAGUUCAGGACAUCAGGGAUGCGAGGAAGACCUUCGUGGCUCCUGUGAUCAAAUCCUUUGAGCACUAUGACUUCUCCAGAGCCAAGAUCUGCUGCAGCCUCACCUGGUUGAUGGCCAAGGCUUAUGGGACAGACAGCGUCCCCACAGACCUGAAGGACCCCUUCUACACGGACCAGUACGAGCAGGAGCACUUGAAGCCCCCCGUGGCCAGCCUCCUCCUGUCUGCAGACCUCUACUGCAGAGCCGGCAGCCUCAUCCUGAAGAGCGACGCCGCCAAACCCCUGCUGGGCCACGAUGCCGUCAUCCAGGCGCUGGCUCAACGCGGACUCUACGUCACGGACCAGGAGAGACUGGUCACUGAGCGGGACCUGAGGAAGAGGCCUCUGCAGAUGAGUGCUCACCUGGCGAUGAUCGACACCCUGAUGAUGGCGUACACGGUGGAGACGGUGAGCGUGGAGAAAGUGGUGUCCUGCAUCCGUCAGUAUUCGUCCUCAGACCCUGAAGUGGAAACACCGUAUGACACGGAGGAUGCGGUGACAACCUGGAUCAACAGGGUAAACGAGUAUCUGAAAGACUUCAUGGCUCAGGAGCAGAGGAAGAAGGAGACGCAGACCACCGAGCCCACUGUCAUGCCUCCUCUCCUAGCCUCCUCUCCUCGCCUCCUCUCCGUCACAGUCAACACACCAUGA